GUAGUAGUAGAGUAGUUGUAGUAGUAGCAACAGUAGUACAGAAUACGCGAAAAUACUGUUCUCUGGCUACUCAUGUACAGAUUGAGAGGGUAGAGGCAUCAUCGGUCGACAGUGCCGCUUCAGUUUGCGGGAACCGCUCUGUACGCAUGUAUUAAUGUUACGCGUUCAAUUAUAUGGUUAAGCACGUGGGUUUUUUAUUUGCUCAGAAGUACUUAAAAUAUUAGAUUAUUAUUGGAGUUAUCUCUACAACUUUUAUAAAAACAACAUAGACUAAAAUUGACAAGUUUUGUUUUAUUUUAUUUAUUUACAAAAUUUCUAAAAUUCACUGAUUAAAAUUAUCAAAAUAAUUAAAUUAAAAUCAUCAAAAAUGAAGGUCUAAAACAAAAAAAAAAUAAAUGUGUUGUCAGUUUGCGUGAUGGACCAGUCGAGUAGUGCAAGAGACGUUCGUUACGCAAACCUUGGUUAUGGUCUUGGCAUGAUGGGCAGUGAUACUGUUACAGAAAUUUAUUCUCGACCUUCUACUUCACACGUACAUAGUAGAUCUAACAAUGGAAGUGGUGGAGUCACUGGAAAUAAUUCUGAUUCUGCAGGAUCUUUAACUUCUGGGAAUGUAAAUAUCAUAACUCAAACUAAUGCAAUUGUUGAUUCUACAGUCACUUUGCAAAGAGGCAUGAAACGACCAUCAACUGAUAUUUGUUACGACGAAGAUACCAGUGAAAGUCAACAAGUUAUUCCUCAGACUCAAACAUUAAAUAUAACAGGAGCCUGUAUAACUAAUAAUACAGAUGAAACUUACACCGAUCUUGGAAUAUCCAAAAAAUCUCCACCAUCAAAUGGUAAGAAAACCAAGGGCAGAGUCAAGAUUAAAAUGGAGUAUAUUGACAAUAAACUAAGAAGAUACACUACAUUUUCGAAACGAAAAACUGGGAUCAUGAAAAAGGCGUACGAGUUAUCAACUCUAACAGGAACCCAAGUGAUGCUAUUAGUCGCAAGUGAAACAGGGCACGUUUACACUUUUGCAACUCGUAAACUGCAACCAAUGAUAACUAGCGAAGCUGGUAAAGCUCUUAUUCAGACAUGUUUAAAUAGCCCGGAUCCACCAACAUCUGGAUCGUCAGGCGAUCAAAGAAUGUCAGCAACUGGAUUUGAAGAAACUGAAUUAACAUACAAUAUUGCAGAUGAUGAGCAAAAAGUAAGGCAAAUGGUAUAUGGCUCGCCUCAUGGAAGUGGUUUACACGUUGGCUAUUCAAAUACUGGAGGUCCACUCAAUUCUCAGCACACGCCAACUUCUCAUGGUCAACAUACCCAUCUUAUAGCACAUGCUCAUGGGUCAGCCCAAAGUUCACAUUUGGUACCUUGUUCAAGUCCAAGUCCAAUGCUUGGUGGCAGUCCUUACGUUCAAUCGUGUCCUUCUCCACUUCCUCCUCCGCAUGGCAGUUAUCAUCCUCAUAUGAGUCAUUCUCACAAUCAACGGUAGUGAAAAUAAUAUUAACUCAAAAUUUUAUUUAUAAUUUUUUGUAUUUAAUGUAUUUAAGAAUGAAUAACUUUUUUAUAACUAAUGUGCAAUAUUUUAAUUCCCAUCAAGGCCAAAAAUAUGUUUUUAAUAUUUGAUUAUAAGGGGGCCUAUUUUCAUUAUGCAUAAUUUGUUGAAUUAUAUGUGUAAGUUUUAUUGUUUUACUAUGAAACACAAGUAUUCGAUUAUUACGAUUUUCUACGUUUACAGUCACAUUUGUAAUAUAAAAUAAAAGAAUAUAUUUAUGUAUUAAAUGAAAAAUUUUAUAUUCAAGAUGUAACAUAAUUUUGUAAAUUCAAUAAAUCAUGUGAUUCUAAGAUAAA